UGAAAUUUUUGUGGUAAUUUUUAACCGGAACACUGAUCAGGAAGCAGAAGGGAGAAGUUGAGUAUCGGAGCAAGACGCAAAAACCCCGAGUUCACAUUGGCUUCAACAUCAAAAGAAUCUUGGGAAGCAACCAUGGAUCUGGACUAUCCUAAUUAUGAAGAUUAUGUGCCUCAAAACGAAACGGAGGAGACCUCAAAAUCAACAAAAAUCUUCCAUUUUGCUGAUCCUCAGAUUGGUCUAACUCAAUUUCUUGUGGCCUUUAACAUCCUGAUAUCCACUCUUGGGAUUGCCGGAAACUCGUUAGUGGUUUGGGUUUGCGGAUGUAAAAUGAAAAGAUCAGUUUUAACCACCUGGUACACCUCCCUUGCGAUUUCAAAUCUUUUAUUCUGUGUCUUUUUGCCCUUUGAUGUUUUCUACACCAUAACCUCAAACUGGCCUUUUGGGGUUGUCUUGUGCAAACUCACUUCAUCUGCUCUGUUUCUCAACAUGUACAGCAGUGUGUUUGUGUUGGUUCUGAUCAGUGCUGAUCGAUGUGUCCUGGUGUUGUUCCCUGUGUGGGCGCACAACCACCGGACAGUUCGGAAAGCCUCUGGAGUGGUCAUCCUGGUGUGGCUCCUGUCUGCACUCUUGACCUUGCCCACGAUCGUCUUCCGACAAGUCACAGUCCACGGUUCGGUCACUCAGUGCUACACAGAUUAUGUGAACCAUUCCAGACACACAGCAGUGGCCCUGAGUCGAUUCGUCUUUGGCUUUCUGAUUCCUUUUCCAGUAAUUAUCCUCUGCUGCGUGGUGCUUAGUCUUAAGAUGAAAGGUUUGACUGUCAGGUCAAGGAAACCUUAUAAAAUUAUGGUGGCACUCAUCUUGUCGUUUUUCUGCUGCUGGAUGCCUUAUCAUACCUUCGUCCUCUUGGAGCUGGACUUUAAGAAUUAUAACUUAGAAAUACUUAAAACUGGACUGAAAGUAGGAGCCACCUUGGCUUCGGCUAACAGCUUUGUUUCUCCCAUUCUCUACGUUUUUAUUGGUAACGACUUCAAGCAAACCCUGAAGAAAUCUUUGACAUCUAAGAUUGAGGAAGCCAUGGGCGAGGAUCUACGAACUGUUGCCCUUAAUAAUUCAAGAUCCAAGUCCCUGGACAUCAUCAAAUGUUAAUUUGAUGCACUCAUCAAUACUAAUGUGACAACAUCAAUAAGGGACAUAAUAAUAAUAUGUUUGAGUUGAGUCUUUGCUGUUAUUCCGAUUCUACUGGACUAAACAUUACAUUUGAUCACUGUACUUGACUGCUGCUAUUAGAUCUUGAAUGUUCUGCCUAUAUAAACAAAAAAGGCUACAAACAAAUCAAUACAUUUUGGUAAUUUUUACAUUUGUUUUGGGUUGAUUACCAAAUUGAAAUAUAACUAAAGAUGAAUAAAAACGUUUUUUUUCCCUUGAUGAAAACAGUCAAAUUGAGACAUAAAGAAAAAACUGUGAUAAAUUGUGUUUUUAU